AUCGAGCUGGGUUGCUGCGCAGGAGCUGCUCAGCUCGGUUGCUGCCAACUUCUCGCUUGCUGCCAACUUCUCGCUUGCCCUUUGCCCUGCGUUCAGUUCAGUUUUAGUUUGCAUAAACUUUGAACUAAAGAUUGCAAAUUUUAAGGUUAUUUUAUUUGGAUUGUGUAUUUAUUUAUUUUUUUACCGGUUUUUUAUUUUGUCUUUUACUACUGUGCUGUGAACUAUAUUUCGACGAUUUUUCUUCGUGUAUUUUAAAGAGUUUUUAUUUUUUUCGUGAAUUGUGUUUCUAGAUAUAUUUUUUUUUACAACAAAAUGAGUUCGAAAAGAAGAAGAAACGACCCAAACAAUAACGACGAACCAGUUGCCAAAAAAACCAAAUUAAAUAUUUCCAAAGCAAAAUCGGAAAGAUGCGACCAAUGCAAGCAAAACUUUGAUAACAUACCUCUGUACAACGGACAUCCUGACAAAUCCAGUGAAGAAUUUAUCGCAUUGACUGACGAAAAAUUGUCCAUUUUCACUGAUCAAGAUGAUUUUCCUACUCAUAAAAUCACUCAUUUCAGCGUUUAUGAUGAGAAAGGCCACUUAUGCGGCUUCGAUGCAGGAUUAAUUGAGGAAAAUGUGAGCCUUAGAUUUUCUGGAUAUAUUAAAAAAAUUGACGAAGAUGAUUCUAGUAUAAUAAAUGGCGUUCCUGCUUAUGAUCUGGGACCCAUUUUAGAAUGGUACACGAUAGGCUAUGACGGUGGUAUAACACUGGCUAUAAGUUUCUCUACUGAAUUUGCCGAAUACAUUUUAAUGGAACCCAGCCAAGAGUAUUCUCCAAUUUUCGAUAAAAUACGAAAAAAAAUCAAAAUAAUGAAAGUGGUCAUUGAUUUUCUAUUAGACAAUUACAUGGACGAUCCAUCGUAUGAAGAUUUAGUGCGUCAUCUCGAAAGUAUUGGGGAAAGCGAGGCUGUUGAGGAUUUACCUAUACACUAUGCACAAUUCGUUUGCGAUCAGGUUGUAAAUGUGGAUAAAUCGUCUGAAGAAGAAAAACCUUUGAUUUCAUUACCGUGUAUGAGAUCUUUGGUAAAACUAGCUGGAGUGACUUUUAAGAAAAGAAAAUCAGCAUUAAAAUUAGAAACUAGAGGUUUUAAAACCAAAAAACCAAGUUGGACUCGAGCUGUUACAACAAAAUUCGUACAUGAAUUUUUCGGAAAACUAUUUCCCGAUCAACUGGACAAUGACGAUAAAAUAAUCAAGAAAAUCAAGAAACAAAAAUGUGGCAUUUGUGAGGCAUGCCAAUCUCCAGAUUGCGGCGAAUGUUCCUCGUGCAAAGAUAUGCCGAAAUUUGGCGGAACCGGAAAAUUGAAGCAAUCUUGCAAACAGAGAAACUGCCCAUAUAUGGCAAUAAUGGCUGCAGAAAUUUCGGAUAACGAAGACGAAAUAGAUGAUAAAAUUAAAACCAAAAAAAGCAAGCAAUAUUGUAAAAAAAUUAUUCACAAAAAUAUUAAAUGGGGGGCAAAAGCUGAGAACAAAUUUAAAGGUUUUAACAGCUAUUCAUCUGUGACUGUUGGUGAUAUGGAAAUAAAAGUAGGAGAUUUCGUAACUAUCAAAUCCGAACCUCCAAAUGAACCCUUAUGGGUAGUCAAAGUUGUUGCCAUGUAUGAAAACUCCUGGAAAAAAUCUCAAUUUCAUGGUCUGCUGUUCUGUAGAAGCAAAGACACCAUUCUGGCAGACACUGCUGAGCCUCAAGAAAUAUUUUUGGUUGAUGAGUGUGACGAUUUAUAUUUGGGCAGUAUUUUCAGAAAAGCAAAUGUAAAAUAUAUUAGAAUGUCAGAUAACUGGUCUGAGUUAGGAGGAACUUAUAGUUCAAUUGAGCAACUGGAAGAUAAUGGCGAAGAUUUUUAUUUCUCUAAGAGAUUUGAAAAUAAACUGAGCAGAUUUGUUGAUAUUAAAGAUGAAGAAAUAAAUGAAGAGGGAUGUAUUUCUUGCAAAAGGAAAGCCAAAGAUAAAAAAUAUGUCAAUCCAGACUAUGACAAACCUGAAAAUGUGAUUAAAUGGAAAAAGGAUGCCUUCAAAGUUGGCAGUGGAGUUUUGCUUAAACCAGAGGUUUAUGAAUUUACCACAGCAUUUCCUGAGCCUACCUAUGAAUUGAAAUCCAACGUUGACCCAAUUAUUUAUCCAGAGUACUACAGGAAAAAAUUUACUGAUAGUGUGAAAGGGUCAAAUGUCAAUACCCCAAGACCCUUUAUUGUUGGCAUUAUAGAAGAAAUAUUGAAUAAGAAAGAUGACAUAGAAAUAUCUGUGAGAUUAUUUUGCCGGCCAGAAGAAACAGGAAGCCGACUUUCAAGUUACACAUCAGAUUUGACAUUAGUUUACUGGACAGGAAAGGUAAUAACAACAUCCUUUAAAAACGUAACAGGAAAAUGUUACGUCACUUUUUCUGAUAACGUCCAGUCCGUGUCUAAAUGGUCUCAUGAAGGACCCUUGCGGUUUUAUUUUGGAAAAAUGUUUGAUUUAAAAAACAAAGAGUUUUGUGAAGUUCCUUUAAGUGCGCAAAGGAUAGGGACUGUUGGAAAAGGAGGUAAAUCAAAAAGCAAAGUUUUCACAAGUAAAUACGCGGAACUGCCUCCAGCAUGGGAAAAACUUCAGCAACCUCUUAGAUCAAUGGAUAUUUUUGCCGGUUGUGGUGGACUAACAGAGGGCUUGCAUCAGUCUGGAGUUUGUGAUACAAAAUGGGCUAUUGAAUUGGACAAGACGGCAGCAGAAGCUUUCAGGAAAAACUUUCCGGAUGCCAAAGUAUUUACUCAAGAUUGCAAUAUGAUAUUGAAAGAUAUUCUUGAUGGUAAGGCAGCAGAAAAAGGUUUGCCAGUCAAAGGACAAGUCGAAAUGUUGGUAGGAGGACCGCCAUGUCAAGGGUUUUCAGGAAUGAAUCGUUUCAGCGCGGGUCAAUACUCACGUUUCAAAAACUCACUUGUUGCAACUUACCUCAGUUUUUGCGAGUAUUACAGGCCCAAAUACUUCAUGUUAGAGAACGUCAGAAAUUUUGUUUCAUUUAAAAAAGGCAUGGUUCUGAAACUGACGAUUUCGUGUUUAAGCAAAAUGGGUUAUCAAGUUACUUGGGGUAUAGUGCAAGCUGGUCAUCACGGAGUUCCACAAACUAGACGCAGAUUAAUUUUAAUGGCAGCAGCGCCAAACUACAGUCUACCCAGGUAUCCAGAACCACUGCAUGUGUUUAAUAAACGUGGUGCAUUAUCUUUUGUAAUGGAUAAUUCCAAAUAUUCAAGCGGUUGCGAGUGGACAGAAUCUGCACCAUUUAGAACGAUUACCGUUAAAGAUGCCAUGGGAGAUCUUCCAGAAAUCAAGAACGGAAGCAAACAGGAACAAAUGCGAUAUGAUUCUGAGGCCUCCUCUCAUUUUCAAAGGUUAAUGAGAGGUCCAGAAGAGUCUCUGGUCAGAGACCAUGUAUGCAAAGAAAUGACUCCAAUAGUGGAAGCUAGAAUUGCUCAUAUUCCUACUGCUCCCGGUUCCGAUUGGCGUGAUUUACCAAAUAAAGUCGUUAAAUUGAAUGACCAAACUAGCACAACUAAAUUAUUGUAUCCCUACAAAACAAAAUCACAGAAGUUAAAGGACCCUUUCAAAGGUGUAUGCCGUUGCGCAACAGGACACCAAUGCGAUCCAACUGACAGACAAUCCAAUACUUUGAUUCCUUGGUGUUUACCUCACACCGGAGACAGACAUAGUCAAUGGGCAGGGCUCUAUGGACGUUUAGAAUGGUAUGGAUAUUUCAGCACUACAAUAACUAAUCCUGAACCAAUGGGAAAACAGGGCAGAGUUUUACAUCCAGAUCAAAAUAGAGUAGUAAGCGUGCGUGAAUGUGCACGUUCUCAAGGAUUUCCGGAUAAGUUUCAAUUUCAAGGAAGUAUUUUGGAUAAACAUAGACAAAUCGGUAACGCUGUACCGCCUCCAAUGGGCCUGGCGUUGGGCAGGGAAAUACUGAAAGCUCUUAAUGAGAAUCUUUAAGUUUUUUAUAUUUUUUGUAUUUUGAAUUUUUAUUUAUUUUUUACUUGUUUCUGUGUUCCGGAAGAACCUUUUUUUUAUUUUUUAUUUAGAAUAAACUUUUAUUUUUUUGACGAUUUUUCAAAGAAAAUUUGUAGU